UGUGUGUGUGUGUGUGUGAGAGAGAGAGAGAGAGACUGUCACCAAACAUCGACUGAGUUUGGUAGGCUUACUGCACGGACCACACACACACUCCCCACAACGCCGCAUCGGCCCCGCUCGUAACCUACAUCGAGCUAGUCAAGUACCGCGUCCGGGGAAAAGGUGAGACGGCGCCGGGUAUGGCUCCAGGAAAGUGUCGGUUCGUUACAGAGAUCAUUGUGGAAGUCUGGAAGAUGUUGAUAUAAGGACUUAUUCAUCUGAUAUGAACUUUAUUUUACCGAAGUCGGAACUUAUUAAGGUGCGACACGAUAUAGACCAGAGGACUUCCAAGGAGACAAACAACCAUGGAGGGACUCUACUUUGACGUCAAGCCCUGUGACCAACGCCCCAGCAGCCCUCCCCCUCCCUCCCCCCUUCCCCUCACCCCAAACACCACCCCUCCCCUCCCUUCUCCUUUAGCCCCCUCCCCCCUUAUUCUCCCCCAUAACAGAACCUCUUUCUCAGCCCUCACUCCCUCCCCCUUGUUAUCCUCCCCCCUCAACCCCAACACCCAUUCUCACCCAGCCCCUCACCCCCUCCCGCCUUAACCUCACCCCUAACAGAUGGUCCUACACAACCCUCACCCCUACACCCUCCCCCUCCACCUCACCCCUCUCGGAAGAAACACUGCUCCCAAAGAGGAGGAAGAGGAGGAAAAGGAGGAAGAGGUUCAAUACAAACUGACUCUGGUUGGCUGUCUCCCAGUCCAUCCCCUCACCACCAUGGCCAUGCUGCCCUGGGUCGUGGCUGAGAUCGGGAGGCCUCGGCCUGGGGAGAGAGAAAAGCCCGUAGGGGUCAGGCCGCCUGGAAGUCCUGCAAGUAGAGACACACGCACCGGAAACGGAGGUGGACUUCCUGAAGCGCUGAGCGUUUCCUCACGACGAGACCAGACGGUGUGUCUGUGUGUGUCCGCCUCGUGGGUGAGGUGUGUGUGGACGGAGGAGGAGGAGGUGGAGGAGAGGGACAGGCGGCCGUGGGACCCCCUCACACACACUCGCGCGGUGUUGUUUGAAUGCCGUCCGCACCUCGUCAUCAAGCUACUCCACAACAGCAGGGAACCGUGUAGCUUUGGUUGUCUGGUUCGAGGUACACAUCUCUGUUACUGCUACGUCUUCCAAUGUCAGGACUGCGCCAAGGUCCCUGAGAUCAUCAGUAAGCUGCGUCAGGCUGGGAAGAGCUCGGCGCGCAACGAUGACCUCGCGGCUCCUAAACCCGCCGCCUCUUCCACAGAAGACUGUGCGUCCUCGUCGUCCUCGGCCAGCGCGUUCACAAAGAGGUUCGAGGUCCUGUUCUGCGGAAGAGUGACCGUCGCUCACAAGAAAGCCCCGCCCGCCUUGAUUGACGAGUGCAUCGAGAAAUUCAGCCAAUCCAUAGGCUCCGGGGAGGUCCUAAACCAGAAAGUGGCGGCGGAUUGGUAGACGGGCUGCUGAGAGCUCUGACUUUACCUACGCUAAAAAUGAACGGAGGAAUUGGGGAUGGAGGUUUCG